AUGCUACAAAAUUUAGAGCAAGGAAUGCCCUAUUUUACAAUAACUAAUGGAAUUACAGUUGCCGUUGAAGAUUCACGGAGAACGUCAACGAUAACGACAGUUGAAAAGAAGACUUCUACAAAAAACGACAUUACCGAAUCAGGUUAA